AUGCGGAGUAUUUCUGUGGGUUUGGACAGGGAGGAGAGUGGAAGUGAUGGCCUUUGCUUGGGGUUGGUUGUCCUUGCGACUCUCGCAGCGGGCUUUGUGGCAGGCUCUGAUGUGUUGAGGUGCUGGGGAUUUGGUCCUGCGACUGGGGAUGUGUGUCUUUGGGUUGAGGCAGGGUUCUGGCGAUGUCCGCUCCCUGGCGGAGGGGCGGAUGGACAAGGGCCUGGCUUUUGGGAUGCGGCUCUGAGGGAAGCUCGGAUGUUCUGCAGGAGUUGUGUGGGACUCCGGAUGAUUGGAUGGAGAAGAUGA